AUGUCAGACAGCCGCUACAGCCGGCGCACUGACACGGGCAGCUACAGCCGGCGGCGGUGGGGCUCGACCGACCGCGACACCAUCACGUCCGACAACGACUCGCUGGUGUACCCAUCCUCGUCGGCCUCGCAGCAGCGGCACCGCAACCGCACCGUCGCCGUGGUCCCCGAAGACCCACCGCGGCCGCUCGACCUCGACAACGUACCCACGCGAACCGCCAUAAACCGCACCACGUCACGCUGGACGCAGAACGUGGCCGACGAGACAGGCAGCACGACGCCGCGGCGGCGCCCCUUCUCGUCAUCCACAACAGACUACAGCAGCGGGGCGCCGGGAUCGUACUACGCGACGCGCGCGCUGCAGGGGCGCGAGCGCGACGACAGCAGCGACCUGUCGCGGACGCGGGCCGAGGCGGACCGGCGCGACCGCGAGCGCCGCGAGCGCGAGCUGCGUGACAGCGAGCGGCGGGAGAGCGAGCGGCAGGACCGUGAGGAUGCAGAUACGCGGUGGCGCACGACGCAGGUGGUGACUGUCACGCGGCUGCGCUCGGAGCCCACGCUCGUUCGCCGUAGCACCGAGUCGUAUUACAGCCGUCGCGAGCGCGACAUGGGCACCAUAGACGAGAUCAAGGAUGAUGACAAAAGAUCCUGCGUGUGGAAGGAAUACCAUGCGGAAAGAGGCGUGAACAAGACGCCACGAAAUUCCGAGACCGGGAGGCGGAAUCUGUAA